GGGAAUUUUGGUAAAAUGGCAGCGAAAAGUAACGGUGGGAGCUCGGUAUUUUGUGCCGUGCUGCUAUUUUAUUUAUUGCAGUUGUUCGGACAGAGUGAUGCUCGGCUUCACCACCUCGUUCUUAAGGAUGACGUGAGGCAGAAGGUCCACCUCAACACCUUUGGCUUCUUUAAAGAUGGCUACAUGGCUGUGAACGUGAGCAAACUCUCAAUGUCUGGGGGAGAGAUUUCCAAGAUUGACAGUUCUACGCUUGGCUUUAGCCUGGACAGAACAAGUAAUGAUGGAUUCUCAACAUAUUUGGAUGAAGAUGUCGAUUACUGUAUCCUAAAGAAGUUCCCCAGCAAUGAUGUUUCAGUAACACUUCUGUUGCUGGACUUUAGCAGUGGUUUUGUGAAAAUCAAGACUUCUGCAGAUGACACCAAAUUGCCUCGUAUCGUCACAGGGAAAAAUGUGUCUUGGGAUCAGCCUCUUAAGGAGAAGAAGAAGAAAAAUGACAUGUCACGCGAUCCGACUCCAGAUAAUGCCAAAAAAAGCAAGCGAGACACUGACCAGGAGAAGAAUGCAGAGUCGUCAUUCCCUCUACAAAGUAAAGACAGUGUCUACUCUUUCCAGUUUUCCUUCAAUGUGAGCACUGAUGACCAGCAAGGGCUGUACAACCUUUAUUUUCACAACUGCUACAGCAGGGAAACCCAAAGCAGCGAGAUGCUCAAGUUCAGCAUUGAGAUUAACAUUGAAGAGAAGAACCCUAACAGUUUCCUGUCUGCAGGAGAGAUACCUUUGCCAAGACUGUACAUUUCCAUGGCACUCCUUUUCUUAUUUGUUGGAAUUGUCUGGGUCCACAUUCUCCGCAAGCGCAGGACUGAUGUCUUUAAAAUUCACUGGCUCAUGUCUGCUCUGCCCUUCACCAAAUCUCUCUCCUUGGUGUUUCAUGCGAUUGAUUACUACUACAUCUCAAGUCAGGGCUUUCCUAUUGAAGGCUGGGCUGUGGUUUACUACAUCACCCACUUGCUUAAAGGAGCCCUGCUGUUUAUCACUAUAGCCCUGAUUGGAACUGGCUGGGCUUUUAUAAAGCACGUCUUAUCUGACAAAGACAAGAAGAUCUUUAUGAUUGUCAUUCCUCUUCAGGUAUUGGCAAAUGUUGCUUACAUUAUUAUUGACUCCACUGAAGAAGGCACCACUGAAUAUGGCCUGUGGAAGGAGAUUCUCUUCCUGGUGGAUUUACUUUGCUGUGGUGCUAUACUCUUCCCUGUUAUCUGGUCAAUAAGGCACUUGCAGGAAGCAUCAGCAACCAAUGGAAAAGCUGCAAUCAUCCUGGCCAAGCUAAAGCUUUUCAGACAUUACUAUGUUAUGAUUGUCUGUUACAUUUAUUUCACACGCAUAAUAGCCAUCCUCAUCAAAAUUACGGUGCCAUUCCAGUGGAAGUGGAUUUACCAGCUCCUCGAUGAACUGGCCACUUUGAUAUUUUUUGUCUUGACUGGAUACAAGUUCCGCCCGGCCUGUGGAAACCCAUAUCUGCUGCUGCCCACGGAGGAGGGUGUGGACUUGGAGAUGGACAACGUGGUGACAGGAAAUACCACCGGGAUGAUGGAAGGCAUCAAAAAGGUGAAGAAAGCGUCGAACGGCUCCUCGAACGCAGAGUGCAUGGCCUGACGGGACGCCGACUCCUUCACAAAGACCACAAGAGCAGGGCUGGACUGACCUCGACUUCUCUUCAGCCGGGACUGUUGGGUUUUUUCUUUAUUUUUUCUUUGUUUUUUUUCCUCUCAACGGGAUGCGUGUUUAAAAAAAUGAGUCCACAUGUGCUUCACUUGAACUGGCCUUGGCGUCGAAGCGCAGUAAAGCCUUCGUCGGGGGAUUUAAAGCCGGCACUCCUUAUUUAAAGACUUCUCUUAUCCUAAUUCCAAGUGUAAACCUUUCUAACAACUUUCAUUGACGUUUGUCAGUUCGAUGCUAAACGUCUUCUCCUGCCGUUUUCUUUGAGGACUGUGAUUGGUCAGUAAUGUAGAGAGGGACCUUCUUCUUUACCACGCAUGUGUGCAGAUGCUAAAGAGCUGGUGGGCUGGCAGCAGUUGACGUCUCGCAGCCCGCUGUCCCCCCAAAUCUCCUUUUUAUGUCUCCAUAUGCAGUGCUGUCUGAGAGCCGUCAUGUCGUGACUGAUGAUCCACGCCUGUGAAGUGAGCCUCGGCAUUCACGUCCUCUGUGUGGGGCGGAGGGCCGUGUUACGUGUUGUUGUUGUUGUUCGUCUGUCGAUCGGGGAGCUGGGACGGUGAUCUCAAAAGCCUUCACAUUUAAAAUCGUGUUAAACAGAGGACUGCUGUGACCACCUUUGUGUUUUUCUGAGGGGCCGUGCCUCCCUAAAACGUUGCUUUUUCUGAUUUUAUUCACUAAUCUUAAUCUUAGGGUAUCGUGUGUGAGUUUUGUGUUUUAAAUCCGGUCGCUUUCAGGCCACAUGCACAGGCCAGAUCUGCAAGCAGCGGUCCGUUUCUGAAGUCGGGGGUAACAUUAGAGGUUUGUAGGGCAACGUGGACCACAAGAGGCCUGGCAGAUGUUACUGUUAUCGAGUAGAAAAAUAAAAAUAAAAGUCGCUCGACUGUAAGCGUAGUGUCACAUCAGGGCUGGAGGGCGGAUGGAGACGCGUGCCAGCAAUACAGGGCUGUGUGUUUGGGGGGCCGCCUUGUUCAUCUGCACGUGGCCGUUCUUCACGUUUCCAUCGACGCUGACAGGCAGGGGGCACCUUUAGAAACUGGUAGGUACUAAUAGAGGAAUACAGCCACGCGCAGGAGAGGAAACAAUGUGUCUGCAUUCUGGGUUUAGCCGUUUUAAAUAUUCUUAUUAAAUGUAAAACCUUUUAUGGCCGCCGUAAUGUGACAUCUCGUAGCUUGAGAUCUCAAUCAUGUGACUGGCGAUUGGCACCUAGGAGCCCCAAAGUGGAGGCGACAAUAAUGAUUCAGAAUGGCGCCACGUAAAGAUCAAGACGAUAGAGCGGCCUUGUUGAUUUACCGUAACGUGUUUUCAUCGCGGCAGAGAUUCACGGCAGCAUCUACACGUUUAGCAGCGCCAUCUUUGGCUUUUCACUGUUUGGACAUGUGAUGUUCUUACACCAGCGUGGCACUGCAGCCCUGGGUCUUCCAAGUGAAAUUCUGUUGAGAGUUUGGACGGCGAUGGAGAAGUCGCACUCGUCGUAAGCGCGGAUUCACAGCGGGGUGCGAGAGUGGAAGGACCGUAGAUGACGACAUGAUGUUGCAGCCUUUCAUCCAGCGGAUCGAGAGGGUUCACCUGCAGGUGGGCAUUCUGGAAGUUUCCAUUCACGCUGUAAUGCCAGGGGGCACCUUUAGAAACUGUCCUGGCAGGUUUUCCUAGAAGAAGUCAGAAACCGAAAAAUACUGUAAGAACUGUAAGUGUUUGCUGCAUUAUGGGUAAUGGAAAAUAAAUUUUUAAAUGUGUUUGCCUUCA